AUGCAUCAACUAGCUUCUAGUCAUAGAACUGCAUCCUUAUUUCUUGCCACUGUUUUCCUAUUUGCGGGAGCUAUUGCAGCACCAGUUAUUAUACCACGGCAAAGUAUAACUGUUCUCUCCGCAUCUCAGAUCUCGACGUACAAGCCUUACACGUAUUUUGCAAGUACUGGAUACUGCAGCGCCGCUGUGACCAAAGCUUGGAACUGUGGAGCGAACUGUAAUGCAAACGCCGGCUUCGAGUGGGUAGCUUCAGGUGGAGAUGGGGAUAACAUCCAAUACUGGUUUGUGGGAUACUCCCCAACCCUGGAAGAGAUCAUCGUGUCUCACCAAGGCACCGAUACAAGUGCAUUACUCCCGGUCCUCACGGACGCCGACAUUGAUCAAGUGAAUCUGGACUCUGCGCAUUUCCCUGGAAUUUCUAGUUCAGUUAAGGUUCAUGACGGGUUCGCGAAUGCACAGCUCAAAGCUGCGGAGAGCGUGCUCGCCGCUGUAAAUACCGCAUUGAGCAAAUACCCAACUACGAAAGUCACGUUGGUUGGGCACUCGUUGGGCGCUGCCAUCUCACUUCUUGACUCUGUCUAUCUUCCUCUUCAUCUACCCUCCACUAUAACAUAUAAGACCAUAACCUACGGCAUGCCACGAGUCGGCAACCAAGAAUUCGCCAAUUACGUAGACGGAAACACACACAUCCACCUGACGCACAUUAACAACAAAGAAGAUCCUGUCCCAGUUCUUCCUCCUUUAUUUCUGGGAUAUAUCCAGCCAGCUGGAGAGAUUCACAUUCAAGAUUCAAAUGCGUGGGAUAAUUGUCCUGGUCAGGACAAUGGGAGCGAUAAGUGCAGCACGGGGGAUGUACCGACGAUUUUUGAGUGGGAUGUCAGUAACCACGAUGGGCCGUAUGACGGUGUUAGUAUGGGAUGUUGA